UUUCCUGUAAGUUUAAAAUGAUUUCUACAACAGUUAAGGAGUUUAAAAACAUCACAAGGGAUUAGUUAUUGGGAAUAAACAGGUUAAAAUGUAAAAGCACAUUUACUUGUGCAAGUCCCCAUACAUCCGUAGUAAAGGAUGUUGGUGUUGAUAACCAGAGCUACUUUCCGCAUUCUCAGAAAUACCAAGUCACUGAGCGAAACAGGAAGCGGCUUGUUUUUCACUGGGGAGGUUUGCAACUCGAAGGGACCCCUGGAAAGUGUGGUCGCUAGGCCUAACACGACGAAUAUCAUCGGUGUCAGCUCUGCAGGGUGACACGUCCGGGCAGGCGGAGGCCACUGGAGGCAGCGUGUGCGUAGCCAUCGCCCAGCUCCACGCCCGCUUCCCGGUUUUCGGUUUCCUGGCCUCCAUCUUGCCUGCGCCUUUCGGGUGACACCGGAGUGAAGGCGACCAAGCAAGAGCGCCCUUGGCCCAUGACCUCCUCCACUGGAAAAGAUUCUGAAAGAAAUGAAGAAAGCCCUCAGCAAUGAAGUCAGUAGCUGCCUGGUUUUCUGUUGACUGGAUUUGUGUUUUUUUACUUCAAUUGCUUGAAAUGACACUGUACAGGAUGUCUGCUGAAGUCAUCCAUCAGGUUGAAGAGGCACUUGAUGAAGAUGAGAAGGAGAUGCUCUUUUUUUUGUGUCGGGAUGUUGCUGCAGAUGUGGUUCCACCUAAUGUCAGGGACCUUCUGGAUAGUUUAAGUGAGCGAGGUAAGCUGUCUGCCACAGAAUUGGCGGAACUGCUCUACCGAGUAAGGCGGUUUGAUCUGCUCAAGAGGAUCUUGAAGAUGGACAAAACAGCAGUGGAGACCCACCUGCUCAAGAACCCUCACCUUGUGUCGGACUAUAGGGUGCUGAUGACAGAGAUUGGUGAAGACCUGGAUAAAUCAGAUGUGUCCUCAUUAAUUUUUCUCAUGAGAGACUUCAUGGGCCGAGGAAGGAUAGCCAAGGAUAAGAGUUUCCUGGAUCUUGUGAUUGAAUUGGAGAAACUAAACUUGGUUGCACCAGAUCAACUGGAUUUAUUAGAAAAGUGCCUGAAGAGCAUCCACAGACUAGACCUGAAGACAAAAAUCCAGAAGUACAAGCAGUCGGCUCAAGGAGAAGGAACAAGUUAUAAAAAUUCUCCCCAAGCAUCUGCCCUAAGCUUGAGUUCCAAGGAUCCUUCAUUUAACUUAACGAUCCAGAAUGGAAGGAGUAAAGAACAAAGAUUUGUGGAACACAAGUCUACACAUGGCAUUCAAAGAGAACCAGUGAAGACAUCCAUUCAGGAAUCAGGAGCUUUGCCUCAGCAUAUACCUGAAGAGAGAUAUCCGAUGCAGAGCAAGCCCCUAGGAAUUUGCCUGAUAAUUGAUUGCAUUGGCAAUGACUCAGAGGCUCUUCGGGACACCUUCGCUUCCCUGGGUUACAAGGUCCAGUACUUCUUGUAUCUUAAGGUGAAGGAAAUAAUCCAUACUCUUCACCAUGUGGCCUGUAUGCCCCAGCACCAAGACUACGACAGCUUCGUGUGUAUCCUGGUGAGCCGAGGAGGCUCCCAGAGUGUGUUUGGUGUGGAUCAGACUCACUCAGGAAUCCCGUUGCAGCAGAUCAAGAGGAUGUUCAUGGGAGAUUUGUGCCCUUUUCUCAUAGGGAAGCCAAAGCUCUUUUUCAUUCAGAACUACGUGAUGUCAGAGGGCCAGCGGGAGGACAGCAGCCUCCUGGAGGUGGAUGGGCCUGCAGUCAAUAAUGUGGAGUCUAGGGCCCAGCAGCCCAAGCCCUACACAGUUCACCGCGAGGCUGACUUCUUCUGGAGCCUGUGCAUGGCGGACGUGUCCCUGCUGGAGCGGUCCCCCAACUCAGCAUCCGUGUACCUGCAGUACCUCUCCCAGAAACUGUGGCAAGAAAGAAAGCGCCCACUCCUAGAUUUCCACCUUGAUCUCAACAGCAACGUGUAUGGUUGGAACAGUGGAGUUUCUGCUGAGGACAAGUACUAUGUCUCACUGCAGCACACUCUGAGAAAGAAACUCAUCCUCUCUUGCACAUGAAAACCAAAACUCCUAUUUUUUCUGAGAAUGCUGUCUAAAAGAGGCAUGCACUCUCCAGACAGAGAGAGAGUGAAAGUGAGGGAAAAUGAAAAACCAUGCCUCAGGGGGAUGGGACAAAUCCUCCUCCAUUCUCCACUCGGCAUUUUGGGCACUCGCCUGCUCUCAUGUGCACAAAUGAGCGUGAGAAAGAGUGAAAGAGAGAAGAGCACCCUCUACAGGGUGAAACCAGGCAUGUCAGUCAGCCUGAAACAGGCCAUCCUGGAUGCAAAGGACUCCCAUCAGGCAGAGACCACCUUCCAGGUCAAGGACAAUAAGCCUCUGGUUGAACCGAACCAUUUGAGACAUUCUGCCUGGACGCUUCCCUGGUCACCAAGCAAGCCAGCCUCUUGCACUUCCCACCAGGCUUCCAGCCCAUCCCUUGCAAGCCCUUGUUCUUUGACAUGGCCCUCAACCACGUGGCGUUCCUCCAACUUGGGGAUAAACUGGAGCAGAAGACCAAGAGUGGCCUCACCGGAUACAUCAAGGGCAUCUUCAGAUUCAGGAGCUAACCAGGCCCUUCCUUGGGGGAAGGGGGAGAUUCUGACUCUUAAUCUGUAUUGUGAGAAAAUCCUGGCAAGUUCGUGAUGACGAAGAAAAAAGAAAAUGUAUAUAAUUUUAUUUAUUUAGUAUUUAUUUAUUUAUUUAUUUAUGUACAUAUGUGAUAUAAAAUCAACUUUUCUUUUUAUUCCUUUGAUGUAGCUUAUCCAUGAGCGCUUUAUACUUUCUUUACUUAUUCUGUAAUUAUAUGUUUAAAAUGAGCCUUUUAAAUCUCAUUUUGUAUGCUGUAAUCAUGUACAGUGAAUGAAUGUAAAUAAAAAAUUUAAACAUAAAAAAAUAAAAUGAGUAUUUUAUAAUGAA